UGCGGCUCAGUGCACGCCCAGUGGCCGGGCUCGGGGCAGCGAUGGGGGCUCUGCAGCUGGCUCAGGAGUGGGACCGGCUGCUCUACUGGGGGGCCGGAGUCGUCACUCUGCUCUUCACGCUGCUGGCAGCCUUCACGUUCCGCCUGCUGUUGGAUUACCUGGGGAAGUGGAAGGCGCUGAAGCCGAUUCCAGGGAUCAGCCCCUGUUACCCUCUGCUGGGAAAUGCUCUGUUCUUCGAGCGCAAAGGGGAAGAUUUCUUUAAGCAAAUGAUGCAAUACUAUGAAGAUUUCAGGAAUCAACCACUGUUAAAACUUUGGUUAGGACCAUUGCCUUUUCUGUUUUUAUAUCACCCAGAUACUGUUGAGCCUUCUCUUUUCUUGUCUAAACAUCUACUCAAGAGUUUCAUUAUUUCCUUUUUGAUGAGUUGUUUAUACUUAAUUUUCAACGCUUUAUUUUGUAGCACUGGAGAUAAGUGGCGUUCCAGAAGGAAAAUGAUAACUCCCACAUUCCAUUUCACAAUCUUAGCUGAUUUUCUAGAAGUUAUAAAUGAACAAGCCAAUAUUUUGGUUGAUAAACUUGAAAAGCACGUUGACAAAGAGCCCUUUGAUUGCUUUCUAGACAUCACUCUCUGUGCCCUGGAUAUAAUCUGUGAAACUGCGAUGGGCAAGAAUGUGGGUGCACAGAACAAUGGGGAUUCUGAAUAUGUCCGUGCUGUUUAUAAGAUGAGUGAUGUCCUUCAUCAGAGACAGAGGUGUCCUUGGCUUUGGCCUGACUUUAUGUACUAUAUGUUCCAAGAAGGAAGGGAACAUAAUAGAAGUCUCAAGAUUCUUCACAGUUUUACUGACAAUGUUAUUGCAGAAAAAUCCUAUGAAAUAAAGAUACACGAACAACAUAAAAUUGACUUUGAAGGCAAAUGUGAACAAACUGGGUCCAAAAAGAGAAGAGCUUUUCUUGAUAUGCUUCUGAAUGCAACUGAUGACAAAGGAAACAGACUGAGCUACAUGGAUAUUCAAGAGGAAGUGGAUACUUUCAUGUUUGAGGGGCAUGAUACAACAGCUGCUGCUAUGAACUGGGCCAUCUACUUAUUUGGAUGUCAUCCGGAAGCCCAAAAGAAAGUUCACAGAGAAUUGGAUGAAGUGUUUGGGAACUCUGACCAGCCUGUCACAAUGGAUGACUUGAAGAAGCUCCGAUAUCUUGAGUGUGUUGUUAAAGAAGCCCUUCGUCUCUUCCCUUCUGUUCCAUCCUUUGCCCGGACCACAAGUGAAGAUUGCCAUAUUAAAGGAUUUAAGAUACCAAAAGAUACACAGGUAGUCAUUGUUACUUAUGCACUGCACAGAGAUCCAGAGGUUUUCCCAGACCCUGAGGAAUUCAGGCCUGAGCGAUUCUUCCCUGAGAAUUCUAGUGGAAGGCAUCCAUAUGCAUAUGUGCCCUUCUCUGCUGGAUCCAGAAACUGCAUUGGCCAGCGCUUUGCACAGAUGGAAGAGAAAGCUGUUCUAGCCAUCAUCCUACGGCGCUUUUGGGUGGAGACAAGUCAAAAGAGAGAAGAACUUGGUUUGGUCUCAGAACUAAUUCUUCGCCCAAAUAAGGGCAUAUGGAUCCAGCUGAAGAGGAGAAGAGAGUGUGUGUCAGAAGAAGAAAGCUCACAAUGA